AUGAAAGUAUUCGUAGCUAUCCUGGCUUUGGCCGUGGCCUCGGCCUCCGGCGCCGCCAUGCCCGACUUUGCCAACCCGAAGGCAACAGCGGUCCACACCAAGGACAUGCAGGGUCGCAUCAUCAACGGCUAUCCUGCGGAGGAGGGCAGGGCUCCCUACACCGUGGGUCUGGGUUUCAGCGGAGGCUGGUGGUGCGGGGGCUCCAUCAUCUCCAACGAGUGGGUCCUUACCGCGGCCCACUGCAUUGGAGGAGACGCCGUGACCGUCUACUUCGGAGCCACCUGGCGCACCAAUGCCCAGUACACCCACUGGGUUGGAAGCGGAAACUUCAUCGCCCAUGGAUCCGCUGACAUCGCUCUGAUUCGCAUCCCCCAUGUGGACUUCUGGCACAUGGUCAACAAGGUGGACCUCCCCAGCUACAACGACCGGUACAACGACUACAACGAGUGGUGGGCCGUGGCCUGCGGAUGGGGAGGCACCUACGAUGGCAGCCCCCUGCCCGACUACAUGCAGUGUGUGGACCUCCAGAUCAUGCACAACUCGGAGUGCGUCCAGUACUAUGGAAGCGGUACCGUGGGCGACAACAUUCUCUGCGUUAGGACUCCCGACGGCAAGUCCACCUGCGGUGGUGAUUCCGGUGGCCCUCUGGUCACCCAUGAUGGCACCAAGCUCGUGGGAGUCACCAACUUUGGAUCCACCGCCGGUUGCCAGUCGGGUGCUCCAGCUGGAUUCCAGCGCGUCACUUACCAUCUGGACUGGAUCCGCGACCACACUGGCAUUGCUUACUAA